AUGGCCAAAAGUCUGCAGGGGUGCAGUUCUUGGUCUUAUUCAUUGUGCUCCUUGCUAUCGGCAGCACCCUUCACCGAGGCUCUGGUGGUAACGAGCAUCGUAAAAAGGCAUCUGAAUGGAAUCAUCUGGCUCUCCGUGGCUCGUGGGCCGUCUGAAAAGUCUACUAUGAAUAUGGAGGGCCUUCAAAUAUUCUGUGCCCUAUUACUGUCUAAACAAACGACUCUUCAUUGUCCUGGCCCGACGUGGUUAUCGGCAGGGUCCCUACUGACCGCAGCCAUGUCCAUGGGACUUCAUAGGGACCUGAAAUACCUGCCUUUACUGUCGCUAUAUCAAUGCCAAAUGCGAAAACGGCUGUGGGCGACAACGAUGGGGCUAGUUAUACAGCACGAGCUCGACAGUGGCGUGCCUUUACUCUCGUCCCAACGAAACUAUGACACGAGUCUCCUGCAGAACUGCAAUGACGAUUUGCGUGACCUCGAGGACGAAGUUGCUAAAUGUACGCCUAAUCAUCCUACGGCAAACUCGCUGCAGACGGCGCUAGCUGAAUCAACGCCGCUUCGAAUGGAAAUUGUGCGGCUGCUCAAUGGCUUGAACAACGAGCCGAGCUUUGAUCAAGUUAUCGCCUUGGUUCUUGCCUUUGCAUCACAAGUCAUUGAGACCUCGAGCAGUGGUGAAGCAGAUGCCUAUCAAUGGCUAUUUGAGCUUGCGAACGUUGGAGGAGGGUCUUUUCAGGGCUGCCUCGGGCUUCUGGUUCUCGGAAUGGAAGUAUUUCUGCAGUUAGGGGAGCAGGAACACGGGCAAAAAGGCGAUCGCCCAGACCAGACUCUUGAUGAGUCGCGAGGGCAGAUUGUAGACCGGCUGGAUGCAAUUUGUGCGUGCGAGACGGGCAUUGAAUUGGGAAGCAUGAAUAUGAAGGCCUACUACUCUUGA